AAAGUGUUCAAUGACAUGAAGGUGCGUAAGUCUUCAACACCAGAGGAGGUGAAGGAGUGCAAGAAGGCAGUACUUUUCUGCCUGAGCGAGGACAAGAAGAACAUCAUCCUCGAGGAGGGCAAGGAGAUCCUGGUAGGUGAUGUGGGCCAGACUGUAGAUGACCCCUACGCCACCUUUGUCAAGAUGCUACCAGACAAGGACUGCCGCUAUGCCCUCUAUGACGCAACCUAUGAGACCAAGGAGAGCAAGAAGGAGGACCUGGUGUUUAUAUUCUGGGCGCCUGAGUCUGGACCCCUUAAGAGCAAAAUGAUUUAUGCCAGCUCCAAGGAUGCCAUCAAGAAAAAGCUGACCGGGAUCAAGCAUGAGUUACAAGCAAACUGCUACGAGGAGGUCAAGGAUCACUGCACCCUGGCAGAGAAACUGGGGGACAGUGGCGUCAUCUCUCUGGAGGGCAAGCCCUCCAGCCCCCUGCCUGGAGCAUCUGGCAGCCCCCGACCUGCCCAUGGGGGUUGCAGGCUGCCCCCUUCCUGCCAGACGGUUCCACAUAGGAGUGAAAUCAUGGCACCUGUCUUUCUCAACCUGUUUCACUUAGCAUAAGAAGUAAAACACUAC